AUGCCAUUGAUUGAAAUCGCAACAGUCCGCCUUCGUCCUGAGUUCUCCUCGGAGCUUCCUCCUUCAUUCACUGAGACAUGGUCGCGGGCUCUCCGUCUCGCUGGUGCGGCGGCCGGCAUCCCUUUCCAGUUGUAUCAAAACGACAGGGACUCGGACUUAUAUUACCUCUUCGGAGGCUGGGCCACCGGGGCUGAUCAUAUUGCUUUUCUGUCCACGUCUAGCGCUGUUGAGCUCGCCCAAGCAAUUGGACAGUACAUGACGGUUGACAUUGUUCGCCAUAUUGAUGGAGAUGUCCGCGACUUGAUAGGAAGACAGCAAACUGGGGAUAAGCUAGGACGGUUGAAAGUCGGAGUAUACAAAGUACCCAAUACGAUGUUGGACGAAUGGAAACACAAAUGGCAACUUGUACACGAAGGUAGUGACGGAGUUGGAGGUUGGGACAUGAGUGCGUCCGUUCAGACACAACACAAAGCAUUCAGGGAGAUGGGCGAGGCCAUCAACAGUGUGUCAGCUUUUGGUGGAAACGAUCCGGGUGGUAUAACGAGUUGGGUCUGGGUGACCCUCGCAGGAGCCGGGAAUGAAGGGGAUCAGGGUGGAAUGAGCAAAAAUCUGAUGGAGGAUGUCGAAACAGACUUUUUCGAAAUGGAACAUGUUUUGGGAUAG